UUUCCGGUUGUCAACAUUUGGCACGAAAGACGAAGAUCAGAUAAACGUCCAGAUAUCAUUUCUGUCCAAAAUGUUACGUUAAAGAUGGGAAAAAGAUUUGAAAUCAGAUUGAGUGCCCUACCAUCUGCACAGAGUCCAGAUACUCCAGAAUUGAACAAGAAACAAAAACACGCCAAAGUAAUGCGUGAAAGACGAGCAAAGUGGAAUGAACAACAGAAACAAGAAAAUAAAGAAAGAAGCAGAAUAAGGAUGCAAAAUAUGCGUGAAAGGAAAAAAAAAGAACAUACUCAAAAUUCUGUAAGUAAAAACAUUCUGACAAGACAUGAAUUAAAAAAAGAAGAAGAGAGAAAAAGAGUGCAAAGAGAAAAAAAGAGACAAUACAGAGAAACUCUGUCUUCACAAAAGAAAAGAAGAAUUAAAGAAAAAGAUCGAAACAAGAAAAGGUUAAAACGACAAAAAACAAAAUUAAACAAGCUUGCAGUUCAUCAUGUUCAUCAAGUAGACACUACAUCCAAUAUAAUUUCAAAUACAGAUAGUGAAAUAGUACUUAUUCAAAAUGAUCAAUCUAAUCAAGUGUCAAAGCAAUGGACCAAACCAGCUUUAAGAAAAGCAAUAAGCAGGGUAAAAUCAGCUUUGCCUAGAAGUCCUUCUAAAAGGCAAAAGGUGUUGAACCAAUUGAGUAAAACAAAUGACACAUGUAAUGAACAGAACAGAACACUCAUAUCAAUAGUGAAAGCAGCACAUGACAAUUUAAAAGGAAAAACAAAGACAGAAAAGAUGGCCAGGAAAAAAUUUGUUUCCAAUUUAUCAGACCAUAUCAAAAGAAAAUAUGGCAUGCAAAGUUUAGUUUGUAAAACCUUUGGAAUUGAAAAAAGAUACUUAACAAAAUAUUGUAAAAACACGGAACAGAAACAAAGAAAGGAUACUAUUUCAAAAGAUACUACAGAUUCUGUUAACAAAUUUCUUGUACGUGAAGACAUAUCAAUUAAUGUACCAAAUAUAAAAGCAAUGAAAGCAAAUACAGAAGACCAUCAAUUUGUGCUACAGAAGUCAAUGACAGAAAUAUAUUCAGAUUGGAAAGCCGAAAACCAAAAUACAAAGUUAUCAAAAUCUAAAUUCUUAAAAAUGAGACCAACGAAUGUAAAAUUACAGAACCAAAGAAAACUAAUCCAGUGUCUAUGUGAAUAUUGUGAAAAUGUGAAUUUGAAAAUCACAGCAUUUAACAAUUUUGCAGUACGUAAGAAUCAACAACAGCUUAGAAUUAGAGAUAAGUAUGAAGCUAUUAAUAUGAUUUUAUGCGAAAAAAAUGGGGAACAAUUUAACAAAAUUACUUGUAUAGAAGGAAAGUGUGUGAAUUGUGGAACAGAGAAUCUAAGUAAAAGAAUGGAACCUCUUAUCAUAGCUAAUGAAGAAAUAAAAUGACAAAAAUGGGAUUUUGU